GAUAUGUGUUACUGUUUUGUGGGAGUUCGCGUCCAGAUCCCGCUCCAACAUAAUGUUUGUACGGAUCCCGUAUCGACUCCACAUUUAUGACUUGCUGAAGACCAUUGGAAUCGUUACGCUCAUCGUGUACUUGGCGCUGCCUUUCCGCUUUGCGUCCCACUACGACUACAUCGAUGGCGCCCACAUAGAGGGUGCACUGCUCCCGCAGGUCACGCUAAAUGUCUCCUUGCAGCAAACAUUCGAAUGUAGCUACACGGACAUCAUUGCUAACAACAGAUUUUUGUACAGCAGCGCCUACUACCACGAGACCGUCCACCAUGCGGAGGAGAUCUGGCCAGGAGGGGAAUUCAGGCCGGAGCAGUGUCAGGCUCGGUACAGCACCGCCAUUAUUGUGCCCUAUCGCCAGCGGGAGAAGCAGCUGCGCGCCUUCCUCACCUACAUGCACAACUAUCUGCGCCAGCAACUGAUCCAUUAUCGAAUUUUUCUGGUCGAGCAGUACGACCAAAAGCCAUUCAACCGAGCCAUGCUCCUCAACAUCGGGGCCAAGGUGGCGGCCGAGUACGGUUUUCCGUGCCUCAUCCUGCAUGACGUGGACCUCAUGCCGCUAAACUCGGGGCAGAUGUAUGCCUGUGUGGAGACGCCUCGACACAUGUGCCCGGCGUUGGACCACUGGCGCUUCCACCUGCCUUACCAAGGCCUGUUUGGCGGUGUGGUGGCCAUAACUACCUUGCAGUUUAAACAGAUAAAUGGAAUGUCCAAUGUCUACCAUGGCUGGGGCGGUGAAGACGACGAUCUCUAUGUGCGUAUAAUGGACGAGGGAAUUGGUAUCUGCCGCUUCGCUCCGGAGUACAGCGAGUACACGAUGUUGAAGCACAAACCGGAGAAUCCCAAUGAGCAUCGUCGGGUACUCCUUCAAGCCGCUAAAUUGCGCCGAUUCAUGGAUGGACUUAGCUCGCUGGUCUACAAGGAGGUGGAACGACGGAUGCACAGUCUGUUUACGCACAUUCUGGUAGAGACCUGAGCUACGACUCAGUAUUGUUAAUUAGCUUUUAGCUUUUAACUAAUUGUUAGGGGACUAGGACUAGAACGAAAUAGGGGAUUCAUGGUGGAUGGAUACCCGCCCAAAAGGGGGCUUGUUAGUUAGUCGCACUGUUUUAUGCCUGGCAUUUAGAAUUGUUUUAGAUCUGGGAUGAAUAUAGUUUAGCAAGAGAUUAGCUACUUUGAUCGUGAUAUCUCCUCUCAUUAGGCUAAGUCGGGAAUCAAAGCUGUUAUGGAAGUAGUAGUACAAAGUGGAAAUCUUUAAAUAAGACUAUAUCGAAUAAUCAUGAUUAAGCACGCUCUGCAUCUGCCAAUAAUACAUAAAUCAAUAAAUAUGAAAA